AUGAAGGAUGAAAUAGCUGCCACGGUCUUCUUCAUCACACGCUUAGUGAAGAAGCACAAUGUGCUGACUAAGCAGCAAAUGGAGAAGUUUGCGUCCAAGUUGAUGGCAGCUAUGUUUGAGAUGUACAAGAGCCACUGGUACCCUGACAAGCCUUCAAAAGGGCAAGCCUUCAGGUGAGUCGCCCCUAUGCAACCCCCAAGCAUCCCUUGCCUAAAUCUUGUGCAAAAUGGGGGGCUUGCAUGUCUCCAGUGGUGGCUGGUGCUCAUUGUGAUUGGUAGGGCAGAAGGCAGGGAGCCCAACAGUAGGUGGCACUAGAGCCCAUGACAAGCAGAGUCCCUAAUUUCAGGUUUUGUCCCCAUCCUCCCUCUCUCUGCUAAGUCCUGCAAGGGCAAUGCUGAGACUCAGGGAGGAGGAAGUUGACAAGCAGCGCCAUUCCCUGGAUGAGCUGUAAGUGAGAAGGCAAGCAUGUGGGGGCUGGCUGAGGGAAACUGAGAUUGGUGGGGCAGUGUCCUGUCUACCCUAAUGGACCAGCCUACACAAUUUCUCUAGGGCUUCAUAACUCCAGCAGUGUCUUCAAUGGCUUUUGCACUCUCUCUGUGUUGCUCAGGGGUUCUCUCUGAGAUGGUGUUCAACUGAAACACAAUACCUGGGGUGCUUGCAGACAACCUGCUGAGCAUUCAUUCAAAUUUGUGAACCGUCCUGAGAUCUAUACAAAUUUAAUAAAUAAGAAUAGGAAUAAAUAAUUUGUUUGAGGGGAAGUUAGAUGACACCACACCAAGCAAAUAUUACCCCACACUUCUGACUGCAUUUCCCCCAUCAAUUUCUUUAUGGGGAAUAAACCCCUUGAUCUUUUAGGGGAGGUGGGUUUGUUGUGCAAGACCUCCAAAUCAGUUAUAACUGCACAACCUGAAUUUGCCAGUAUGUGAUUGAAUACUGCCUGAAAAUUGUACGGUUAGGGCAACACCUCAAAUGUGAAAUUCUGCCUCUAAACCUGUGUAUUGGACUUUGAUGAUAUUUGAUGCCUGCCAGGUGUCAAGAGAGAGGAAGUCUUACAAUCUGUCAAAGAUGAAAUGUUGGGCAGCAAAAUGCAGGUGCCAAAUCACAAACCCAAGCACCUGGUGUCAAGUAACUGAAUAUUCAGGGAUGUGUCAACUUGUUUGCAUUGAAACUCUCAAGAAAGAAUGCCUAGGUGUAUAUUAUUCUGGCUCUACAACAGCGCUACCAGUAUUGCUAUUUAUAAUUUAUGUGCUGCUCAAUGCCGAAAUAGUCUUCCAAGCCGUUUACAGGUAUAAAAACCAAUCACACAAGCAUUAAAAUACAAAGAUCCAUAAAUGCACAGUAAAAUAACCCCAUGAAAACAUCACAGCAAUUAAGACUUGGGUUCAGAGACUCAGGGGAUGCGUGUGUAAACAGGUGUGUCUUUGAAAGCCUACGGCAUGCCAAUACAGAUGAGGCAUCUUGUAUUUCAUCACGGUCUGCAUCCUGUAACACGGAUGCCACCAUGAAAGAGAUCACAAGCAGAUAAUCAUUAGCAUUUUAUGUACUGAAUUGGUGCCAUCCUGCUUUUGUCUGGUGUGUGAGCUGGGACCAUGUAAGCCUUGGGUCAUGGCUGUCUUUUGCACCAAAAAAGUUGUGCCAUCUUCUCCCCCAUGUAAAAUAUGCACAGCAGGUGCCAAGGGAUGGAUGUGCAGCCUGUUCCCGUUGCAUAAUGGGAAUCAUGAGCCACUGCAGCCUUCCCUAGUUCAGGUGGGGCUAAUUUGGGCUGAGGGUGGAUUGCACAGCACUUGUGUCCCCAGUGCUAAGUUGAUAUUAUUGUAGUGUGUGGACUAUAGAAGAGGAGGUACAAUGGGCCACCCAGGAUACCUCUUCUAUUCUCUUCUGCUUGUCCAGGUGUAUAAGGAUAAACCAGUUCAACCCAAGAGACCCUCUGCUGGAGCGGGCAUGUUUGGAGAGCAACGUCGACUUCAGCAACCUUGGAUUACCAAAGGAGAUGACCAUUUGGGUCGACCCAUUUGAUGUAUGCUGCAGGUGAGCUCUUGGUGUGUUUGAAGGGCCUUACUAAAAAGAGUUGAUGGAGCGGGACUUCUUUGGAUAAGAAAUUUGCCUUCUGUCCAUUGCCCAAUUCAUCUCAGUACCUUGGCAAAAGGUUCCCCAGAGUUUCAGACAGAAUCUGUUGGUGCUGGGGGUUGUACCUGUGAUCUUCUGCGUGCAGAGCAGAUGUUCUGUCAUUGAGCGACAGUCUGGCCAACUGCUAAGCCUUGAGCGCAUGUGCGAUGUGUCCAAAGCAAAGAAGGAGGUGGAAUGUACUAUAUUUUUUGCUCCAUAAGACACACCUGACCAUAAGAAGCACCUAGUUUUUAGAGGGGGAAUGCCACAAUUUUUUUUUUUAAAGGGAGCGCUGACGAGAGCCUGUAUGCAUCCCAGGCUCUGCUCAGUGCUCCCUUUCAUGAGCCGUGUGGAGCGUGUGUGCGACGCUUGCAGGAUUUUCCCUAGGAGGGAAAAGCCCCCAAGAGCCUCACACACGCUCCACGCGGCUUGUGAAAGGGAGUGCGGCUCUUGGGGGCUUUUCCGGGAGGUAGGGGAAGGGACUGAGGGGCUGCCCUCUGUCCCUUUCCCCACCUCCCGCAAAAGCCCCCAAGAGCCGCACACCCUUUAAAGAGUGUGCGGCUCUUGCAGGCUUUUCUAUGAGGUGAGGAAAUUCCCGCAAAAGCCCCCAAGAGGGCUUUUUCCCGAGGAGGGAGAAGGGACUGACACGGGGAAAAGCCCCCACGGAGCAUGUGUGCGGCUCUUGGAGGCUUUUCCCGCCUGCAUUCGCUCCAUAAGACGCACACACAUUUCCCCUUACUUUUUAGGAGGGAAAAAGUGCGUCUUAUGGAGCGAAAAAUACGGUAAUCCCUGCUCAAGGCAUCUGGGGUUCUGUGUGUUUGUCUUUUGCACUUGCUGGCUGACAGAGUCCUUGGUUCUCCUCUUUGGCACAGCUGUUUCCUCCUUGCAUUAAACUCUACUUUUGCAGAGAGGGGGAAAAUGUGAUAUAGGGGAGUGGCAGACCCUGGCACCUCAAAUUUCAUUGGUGCCCUGGGCGACGCUAAAAUCCAGCAGCCCUCCCACCUCUCGCUUUCCAUUGGAUUCAUAGUUGUGGCGCCUGCUGUGGGGCCCCAAAAGCUCCAUGCCCAGUGGAUUCUGAAGGCUGAUGCAGCAACAUUGCUAAGCACUGCCUCAGCACUGACGAUGGAACACUGUCCCUUGGCAUGCCAGGGGUGUCAGGUUAGAUGAGGGGGCUUAAGAGAGCCUGUAGGACAACAAAGGGGAAUGGAUGGAGUGGGAAGCUUAGAAGAAAUAGCCGGGGUGGCUGCUGUAACCCAGCACAAAGAGCCUGCUGAGGCAGUUGCCUCAUUCUACCUCAAGGAAGAGAUAGCCCUACUUAUAGGGCUAUUGUAAGGAUCACUACUAGAUAGAAAACAAGUAAACUGAAGUACUUUGUGUUGGAAGUGGAGCUGCAACUUGGCUUGCUUAGAUGGGUCUACAGGAGGUGAAGACAGAUGGAGUGUGAGACCUCCAUAUUCCUAGACUGUCUCUGUCCUUGGAUCUCUGUACAGUGGCAUAGGACAGGUUGCUGGUGCCCAGGGUGGGGAAAGGGUAGCCCGGCGGUGCUGGGCCGUCGCCAAGGAAGCUGCCUCUGCAGCUCCCUCGCACGCCAGAGCCCAGCAGAGGAGUGGCACGGUGCUAUUAUCAUUGCACUCCUUGGUGGGUGCUGGUGGGGCCUGCCCCCUCUUUUUUGGACAACCCAAGGACGGGGCACACACAGGCUUCCCUUCACUGGCCAUGAGGAGAAGAAGGUGGGGUGAGGGAUCCUGUUGUGGGGGCACCUCAUUGCACCCUCUCAAAAUCAUAAACCCAGAGCCAUGGCCCCUUUGCGGCCCCCCCCCACCUCUGCUGAUGUAUCCCUUGAAAUCAAAGUGAUGUGUGUAAAAUUGCAUCCUCUUUCAUGUAUGCCUACCUUCUCACACUUUUAUCUGGGUCUCUUAUGAGAUCAGAGGUCAAGCGUGGCUUCCUUGUUUCUCCAGCUCGUUAGUUAGCUAGGACUAUGGAACUGACUCUUAUCAAGAAUGCACUCCCCUUAAAGAGCAUAAGCUUUCUUAUUUUAUACCAGUUCUCAGUCUAAAUCCCUUCCAAUUUAGCCCCAUAGGCUAAAACUUUGAAUGCUCUGGCUGCCAAUCAAUGCUAGGACUCCACUUUUAGUAUUGAUGUAGCCUGCAAUUGGGGACGCGGGUGGCACUGUGGGUUAAACCACAGAGCCUAGGACUUGCCAAUCAGAAGGUCGGUGGUUCAAAUCCCCGUGACGGGGUGAGCUCCCGUUGCUCAGUCCCUGCUCCUGCCAACCUAGCAUUUCGAAAGCACAUCAAAGUGCAAGUAGAUAAAUAGGUACCACUCUAGCAGGAAGGUAAACGGCAUUUCCGUGCGCUGCUCUGGUUCGCCAGAAGUGGCUUAGACAUGCUGGCCACAUGACCCAGAAGCUGUAUGCCGGCUCCCUUGGCCAAUAAAGCGAGAUGAGCGCCGCAACCCCAGAGUCGGUCACGACUGGACCUAAUGGUCAGGGGUCCCUUUACCUUUUUUAGCCUGCAAUUAGAGCCAUCCCAUGCAAACUUGGACUGGAUGAAUCCCAUAAGGAAGAUGUUUUGGCUUCUCUGCCUAGAACUGCUUGGUGAGCCUUGACCUUCUCUCUGUCCUUCUCUAUGUCUAGAUAUGGGGAGAAUAACCAGCCUUUUACAGUGGCUCACUUUGAAGAGGACAAAAAGGACCACGAUGUCCCUCAGCAAAUCAGGCAGGCUGUGGAUAAGGCAGAGGCCCUGGACUGCCCCUCUAGCAUCUGCUCUGAUGAGGAGGGUGCCACUGUCGAGCCCCAAAACAUCCCCACCGUGAGCAACCCAAACAGCGUCUACCAGGUGAGAGAGCAGCUCGCCAUGGAUGAGUAGUGAGUAGCUUUCGUCUGCUUUCUCUCAAUGCUUUUGCUGCUAGGACUGACUGGGGCAUAGCGGAUAAUAAUGAUAAUAAUAAUUUUAUUAUUUAUACCCCACCCAUCUGGCUGGGUUUCCUGGCGUACCUGUCUAGGGGGAACCUCCAUCCUGCAAACUUAAUUAGUCUCAGCGGAGCUCCUUGUUUAUUUCUUUUUUAGAGCAGGAUUUCCCAAGCUAGUUGCUUUUGGACUACAAUUCCCAUCAUUGCUGACCACUGGUCCUGCUAGCUAGGGAUGAUGGGAGAUGUAGUCCAACAACAGCUGGCACACUGAUUUAGAGUGUUUGUACCCUGCUCUUCUGCCGAAAAGGCCUUCAGAGUGACAACAUACAAUUGAAACAAGACAAUCCCUGCCUGCAGGGUGACAUUCUAAAAAAAUAAAAAUAAAACAUGGCAUGCAAGGACGGGGUGGGGGGGAAUCAAACUCUGACACCAAUUCUUAAGCAGUUGUUGUCAUAAGGACUAGCUCGGGGUGUGUGUGUGUUCCUGAUGAAGCUGGUCCUUCAGCAAAGCUGAUGGAAUGAGCUUCUCAUCUCUCCCAAUAUGGCGGUGUGAUGGACUAGCUGCCCCCAGGUGAUGGAGGGGAGAGAGGAGGCCUGAUGGACCUGUCACAGCAGAACUGAUGGAGUGAGCUCAGCUUCCCAUCUCUUCCACUGAGGCAGCCUCAUUUGGCCUGUGAGGCUGUUUCCCUGCCUGCAAGCCAUAUCCACCUACUACCACGUGCAACAUCAGGGGUAGAGGGCGGGUAAAGAUGCAACUGCAAAGGAACAGCUGGGAGCUGAAAGGGUCCUUAGGGUAGUUCCUUGGCAAGGGACUUCACUCGUGGCAUAUGCCAGCAGUGAAUGCCCUUUGAAAUAAUCCUGACCCGCAAGCAGAUGCUGUUUCUUGGCAGACACCUUUGUGGGGGAAAUGUGCCUUUUAAGGUGCUGUUUGGUUUCUUUCCAACCAAGUUCUGCUCAGGGUAGACCUGCUGGAAGUAAUGCACCUAAAUCAGCUGCACCCAUUAAUUUUGGUGAGCAGAGCUUGCAAGGAUACACCCAUUUGAAUUCAAAGGGUACCUGCAGAGAGAGAAGGCCAGGCUUGCUGUCAGCUGAUUAGCAUGGGCAGUGAGCCCCUUUCAAGACAAGCUGUUCUGCUCACCUGUAGGCCAGUUCUUGAUCCAGACCUUAGGCUGAAAAAGGUUUCCCAUCCCUGCCCUACAGUUUUAAAGAAUAUAUAUAUGGAAGGGGACAAACCUGUUAAACUCAUAUUAAAGGGGGAAUAGCAGGGAAGUGGCCAGAAUGAGACCAUUUUAAAAUAUAGAUGUUCCUGGAACCAAUGGGCUCUUAGAAUGGUUUCCAUACGAAACUGUCUUAUACCGAAUCAGGCCCUUGGCCCAUCUAGCUCAGUAAUGUCUACACUGACUGGUAGCUGCUCUCCAGGGUUUCAGACAGAAGUGUCUCAGGGCUACCUAGAGAUGGCAGGGAUUAAACCUAGGACUUUUCGCAUGCAAACCAAGUUAGCAAAGUAACUUAAACAACACAGGCAAAAUCCAGAGAUGAAAGAAAUCCUGAUAACAAUUUAUUGAGGAAAACUGCAUCAAACAUAUGUUUUGUCUUUCUUAGUUCAGGCCUUGUACAUAGCAGGGAGACACUAAACAAAACAUACAGAGGAAACUACCUUGGAACUACACAGCCAAUCAGAUCAUGGUCUGUGUCACUAACUAUCUUGCCAUCCACCUUGGUUGCUAAGGAACACCCGCACCCUUCCCCCCUCUUGGGUAGUUAACCUAACCCUAACAGAAUUAACCCUCAAGGUUCAAAUUGAAUGAUCCAAGCUGUUGUGUGCUAUGGCCCACAAAUGAUGAUGAUGAUUAAACAAGAUGGUUCUUGCAGGGGACUAACAUACAGUGGUACCUCUGGUUACAAACUUAAUUUGUUCCGGAGGUCCGUUCUUAAUAUAAAACCGUACACGAUUUCUGUUCUCAUCCCAAGGUAAAGUUCUCAACCCAAGGUACUACUUCCAGGUUAGCGGAGUCUGUAACCCAAAGUGUUUGUAACCCAAGGUGUUUGUAAUCCGAGGUACCACUGUAUAAGGGAAGGAGGAUGAGAAUAGAGGAAGAAAACAAACAAGUGUGGGCACCAGUUCUUAAAGCUACAAAGUUCUUAGGAUGACCAACUUGAACGGAAAGUGUUUGGGAAGAGCUGGUCUCUGCAGAGGGGAUGACCAGGUUCCCAUCUAGCAGCCUGGGGAAGGAGGUUGUUGAUGGAAAAGAAAUUAUGUCUGGCAAAAGAGCUUAAGACUGCUGCAGGAAUGGGAUAAAAUGAGACAAGGAUAGUCUUGUAUUUAACAACUUGCCCAGUUGCCAUGUCACUAGGUCACUAGGUCAAGAAAUUCAUUCCUACUACAGCAGGCACCCCCAAACUCACCCGCCAAGUUUUGGGACUACAAUUCCCAUCAUCCCUGACCACUGGUCCUGUUAGCUAGGGAUGAUGGGAGUUGUAGUCCAAAAACAUCUGGCGGGCCGAGUUUGGGGAUGCCUGCUGUAGUAGGAUUGAAUUUCUUGAUUCAGUUGAACUUCACAGUAAGGCUGGAUUGAGUUGCUGUGCUAUUUCAGACUAUACACAAGCACAAAAUAUACCUUCUCUCUCCAAAACCCCUCCCCACUCCUGGCCCUCCCUCUUGAUUUAAUCUCAGUGCCAUGAGCCAUUUCAGCUAUGGUCCCAGUAUCCUCGGCGAAAGCUUCAUGUACCUGAUGGAUCCCACCAGCAUCCCACCAGUACAUGCUGCCUUCAGUGCAAGGGCUACAAAGUCUGUCGGCCGUCAUCCACCUUCACUGGUCCACGAGUAGACAGAUACCACUGGGUCAACGCCAAUCGAUAA